AUAGAUAUGUAUAUUUGAAUUUCAUUUAGGUACCAAAUAAAACUUCACGACAAGAAAUUCUAAUACAAUUAGAACAAGUACCAUUGAUGUGUCAUCAAUUGAAAUUAAAAUUAAAAACACCAGCUUCAGGAAAAUCUUCAACAUUUUCAAAAGUUGAUGCUGUUAUAUGCGAAACAAGAGAUCUGAUGAAUAUUGUUAGUCGCUUAUGUACUACUGUUUUCGCUUGUCAGUCAAAGUAUAAUAUAAUCGAUUAUCACACUACACCGCCUGCAACUAAUACAACAUAUUCUCGACCACCACCCUCGUCUUCCAAACGGCCAGCCCUCUACCGUACAACAUCAACUGAACAAAAUGAUCGUUUUGAUACGAAAUCUGAACGUGCUAUACGUUCAUCAUCAUUACAACGUCCAUCGAGUUAUUUACCGGCUUUUGAUCAUAUUUAA